AAAUAUAAUAUCCUAUAAAAUACAAUAUAUUUGUUAAAGAUUAUCAUGAUGAUGUAAGCUAGGCAAAGGAAAACCAUGUGGAAAAGAAAAAUAUGAUUUUAAGAAGUAAUAAAAGCAGAGGAAGAUCUAGAGCCUUUCAAAAUUUCUAGGCAGACUCCCACACUAUGGGCCUUUAUAUAGAGAGUCCAGCAGGCCAGAAUUUGAAUACUAGUUAUGUGAUCUUUAACACAUGUCUCAACUUCCCCAUGAUUUAUUUUCUUCUAUAAAUUUAAAAGGACAAAUAUUUACCUUACAGGCAAGGCUUAGAAAGAGCAUAGGAAAGCACUUGGUGAAUAUUCAGUGACAGCUCUUCAAUAAAAACCUAUUCUGUACCGACCAUUGUGAUUCUGUGGUUUUUAAUCCUUGGCAAAUUAAAGUGCUAGAUGAAGUAUAUGCCCAUUGGUGAUCAAGGAGCAUUUCAAAGCCCACAGCUCAAAUUUAUCCUCCCCACAUAAACAUAUUCCCAUAAGCACAUAUGUAUACUUUCACUUUAAGGAAUUAGGAAUUCUAAGUUAAUGAGAUCCUUUUAAAUGGUAAAAUGUCCUUUGGAAAGGCAAUCCACCUUCAUGCUUUGGUGUGACCAGUUCCUUAUUUAGUGAAAAAUUACUGGGUUCUCUUGGAACUGGAGGAAGAAGGCAACGUGCAUUAGGAACUUUAGAAUGAUAGGAAGAAAAGAUAGGGUGAAGGGAAAAUACAGUUGGGAAGAAACCACCAAACAAAUAAUGGUUCUACCUUGUAUGAGAGUCUUGGUAAGGGACCCUUUUCUCCCCUGAAUGUCUCUGAGGAAGAUAAAUGACACUUGAGUUAAAAUUAUCAAGGUUUGUACCAAAACCAGAUUCUUCCUUUUUAUCUCUGUCUCACCAACAGUGAGCUCCACCUUAAAAUACAUAACACAAAAGGAAAGAUCCUGAGAAAAUGUGUGGAGCACUUUUCUGCUCUCCAUCUUAAUUCUCAAGAAAACUGUGGUGAAUUUUUUCCUACUUGUUGGUCUUCUUCAGAGUCAAUCCCGCUCCCACUCUCCAACUUUAAAAGUGGCAGUCUUAAUGAUUUUCUUAACAUUGAUUCUGUAGCUAUUCAUUCUGUGUCAGUCAUAAGCAGUAGAUCAGUUUAUCUCCAAAUCCCAUAUCCUCUGCCUUUAGCCUAGCUUUGGCAGUGAAGCUGGCGUGCUAAACUACUGCUACCAUCCCCCACCCUAAACAUUUCAGACUGCUGACUGCCAACUUUGGAUUCUGGGAUUCCCAGGACGUCAGGUCAAGCCACUGAGAAGUCCACCCAGGGGUAAAUUCCACACAUAGUUUCUUCUCGCUCUCUCUGGGAUCAGUGCUUUAACAUCUGGGUUAAUUAGAUGGUGCAGACUCGGGUAACUAAGCGCAGAAAACAGCUGGGCACGUUGCUCAAAACCCAGACGCAAUCGUUUAGAAAUCGCUUCUGGAAAUACCGGCUCUAAUAGGCGUGUCACGUCUCAAUGCGGACAAGGAUUGAGCAAAACCGAGCAUAAUUUGGAACUUUGGGGGCUAAGUCCGCAACUUUUGAGACCUCCUUUUACUGUCAGAUCUAAGUUUUGAAACUGGAUGUCCGCCAAGUGAGGACCGCUGAGCGUCACAAACGCGCCCAGCUAAAAAUAUAUAUUUGCACUCACGUAUUCAAUUCUUCACAACAGGAAUGAAAGGGAAAACUUAGCAUGUCCAAGUUCAGCGUUAAAACAAAAGUACCGCCACCAAAGAUCCCGUGCCCCUUCUGAAGAAAGUUAAUGCCAAGGAGCACCAACCGCUCACUACGCCUGCGCAGGCCAACCGCGGCCCCGCCUCUCCGUUGAGGACGUAAAACGUGCGCCGGGCGGUGGGAGGCGGGACGCGGACUGCGCAUGCGCCCUCGUUGCGUCAGCCACUUGCUGGGAGCUGACGGCUGCAGCCUCGAGAGGUUCGUGUUCUCUGCUGUGUCUCCUGGGCUCGUUCGUCGGGCCGCGCGGGGAGACUAAAACCGGAAGGGCUAGAGUAAGUGCCCCCUCGGCUGCAUGAGUCAGAGCUACAGUAUUUCCUUCCCUCCGGGCAAGUGACCAUAGAAACUGGACCCCGCCCCCUUCCCGGCCUAGACUCCCUUCCCCCUACCCCUUGCCCCUUUCCCUUUGGGGACCCCCCCAGUUCUUCUUGUUCUGUUACUGAGCCUCAACUAAGGUCAUGAAGCUGGUGAGGAAGGAUAUUGAGAAGGACAAUGCGGGUCAGGUGACCCUGGUCCCCGAGGAGCCUGAGGACAUGUGGCACACUUACAAUCUAGUGCAGGUGGGCGACAGCCUUCGCGCCUCCACCAUCCGUAAGGUACAGACCGAGUCCUCCACAGGCAGCGUAGGAAGCAACCGGGUCCGUACAACUCUCACUCUCUGCGUGGAGGCCAUUGACUUUGACUCUCAAGCUUGCCAGCUGCGGGUCAAAGGGACCAAUAUCCAAGAGAAUGAGUAUGUCAAGAUGGGGGCUUACCACACCAUCGAGCUGGAGCCCAACCGCCAGUUCACCCUGGCCAAGAAACAGUGGGAUAGUGUGGUUCUGGAGCGCAUUGAACAGGCCUGUGACCCGGCCUGGAGUGCUGAUGUGGCAGCGGUGGUCAUGCAGGAAGGUCUCGCCCAUAUCUGCUUAGUCACUCCCAGCAUGACCCUCACUCGGGCCAAGGUGGAGGUGAACAUCCCUAGGAAAAGGAAAGGCAACUGCUCCCAGCAUGACCGGGCCUUGGAGCGGUUCUAUGAACAGGUGGUUCAGGCCAUCCAGCGCCACAUAAACUUCGAUGUUGUAAAGUGUGUCCUGGUGGCCAGCCCAGGAUUUGUGCGGGAACAGUUCUGCGACUACAUGUUUCAGCAAGCAGUGAAGACUGACAACAAAGUUCUCCUAGAAAACCGGUCCAAAUUCCUUCAGGUACAUGCCUCCUCUGGACACAAGUACUCCCUGAAAGAGGCCCUUUGUGACCCUACUGUAGCUAGCCGCCUUUCAGACACUAAAGCUGCUGGGGAAGUUAAAGCCUUGGAUGACUUCUAUAAAAUGUUACAACAUGAACCUGACCGAGCCUUCUAUGGACUCAAGCAGGUGGAGAAGGCUAACGAAGCCAUGGCUGUUGACACAUUGCUCAUCAGCGAUGAGCUCUUCAGACACCAGGAUGUAGCUACACGUAGCCGGUAUGUAAGGCUGGUGGACAGUGUAAAAGAAAAUGCGGGCACUGUUAGGAUAUUCUCUAGUCUUCAUGUAUCUGGGGAACAGCUCAGCCAAUUGACUGGAGUAGCCGCCAUUCUUCGCUUUCCUGUUCCUGAACUUUCUGACCAAGAGGAUGAUUCCAGUUCUGAAGAAGAUUAAUGAUUGAAAUUUAUAGUUGAGACAACCUUUUGUCUCACUUCAUUAAUAUAUAUAUUUUUUUCAGCAUCCUUUGAGAGAAAGCUGCAAGAUGGGCACUUUUGGGUUCAUACUGGAAUUUCUCAUGUAUUUGAUCACACUAGAUAUUUUAUAGUUCUCAGAACAUGUAUUCAAACUAAACAAUAAACUUUAAUGAAAUAAAUUCCAUGU